GAAACUCCUUUCACAUUCCACCUUUAGGUCUCUAAUCUCUCUUUGUGAAAACAUUAAAUUUCAUCUUCCAGAAUGGGUGCUUGACUAAUGUGACUGGCUAAUUCAAACUCACCAGUCCUCCUGACAUCAUAGUCCUCGAGUUCUUGGAAAGAUAUAUAAGAUUACAAUUGUUAUCUCCCUCUCCUUGGCAAAAUUGAUCAGUUAGUUAGUUCGUAGUGUUGUAUUUGCUAACAUUUUAGGUAUGGGCUCAAGAGAAGAAGAACAAGCAAUUGUCAAUUGGCAAGUUCUGGAAAUGGAUUCGGGAGAGAAGCGUCUCAAUGAGCUCGGAUACAAGCAAGAACUCAGAAGAGAGAUGACAUUUUUCAAAACACUUGCAAUUACAUUCUCAAGCAUGGCAGUGUUUACCGGAACACCACUGUAUGGACAAAGUCUGCUAUAUGCAGGUCCAGCAACCUUAAUAUGGGGAUGGAUUGUGGUCACAUUCUUCACUUGGUUUGUUGGAGUUGCCAUGGCUGAAAUAUGCUCUUCCUUCCCAACAACAGGUUCGCUCUACUUUUGGGCAGCUUCUUUGGCUGGACCAAGAUGGGGACCAUUUGCAUCAUGGUGUUGUGCAUGGCUCGAGACUGUCGGCGUCAUCUCUGGAAUCAGUGCUCAGGCAUAUUCAGGAGCACAGGCAUUGCAGAUGAUAAUACUACUGGGGACAGGAACAAACAAGGGAGGGGGAUACUUUGCACCAAAGAGUGUGUUUUUGGGUUUGUAUUUGUUGUUAAUCUUCAUCUGGGCUGUCCUCAACUGCUUCGCUUUGAAUUUCAUUGCCUACCUCCACAUUCUCUCCAUUUCGUGGCAGAUCAUUGGUGGUUUGGUAGUGAUCAUAAUGCUUCCACUGGUGGCACAUCCAAUACAACCAGCUGCCUAUGUGUUCACACAUUUUGAAAUGGCACCUCAAGACACUGGCAUUUCAAGCAUUCCUUAUGCAGUGAUUAUGUCUGUACUCUUAAGCAAUUAUUGUCUAUAUGGCUAUGACACUGCUGCUCAUUUGACUGAAGAAACCAAAGGAGCUGAUAGAACUGGACCGCUUGCUAUUCUCUCUAGCAUUGGUAUUAUCACUGUGUUUGGAUGGGCAUAUAACUUGGCUCUUACUUUCAGCAUCAAGGACCCAAAUUACUUGUAUGAUGUGAACAACGAGACAGCAGGGGCGCUCGUACCGGCUCAAAUCAUCUACGAUGCAUUCCAUGGGAGGUAUCACAAUUCCACAGGAGCUGUUGUUUUCCUCUGUAUCAUCUGGGGUUCCUUCUUCUUUUGUGGCCUUUCUGUCACCACCAGUGCUGCUAGGGUUGUUUAUGCAUUAUCCAGGGAUAACGGAAUCCCAUUUUCCCCAAUAUGGCGAAGAAUUCACCCCAAGCAUAAGGUUCCAAUAAAUGCAGUGUGGUUCUGCGCAGUCAUCUCCGCCAUCCUCGGCCUCCCCAUCUUAAAAAUCAAUGUGAUCUUCAAUGCCAUCAUCUCCAUAAGCACAAUAGGGUGGGUCGGUAGCUACGCUGUCCCAAUUUUCGCGAGGAUGAUGAUGGCAGAGGAGAAUUUCAAGCCCGGCCCGUUCUACUUGGGAAAAGCAAGAAGGCCCGUUUGUUUGGUGGCAUUGUUGUGGAUAUGCUAUACCUGUUCAGCAUUCUUGUUGCCAACUGUCUACCCAAUUACAUGGAGCACCUUCAACUAUGCACCAAUAGCUCUUGGUGUUGCUUUGACGAUUAUAAUGCUUUGGUGGGUUUUGGAUGCUAGGAUGUGGUUCAAGGGUCCUGUAAGAAACAUUGACAUGAGGAAUGGAAAUUCUUAGUUUUUUUUUUUUUUUUUUUUAAGAUUGGAGAGGCAGUUGAAUUUGUGAUACUAGGGUUUGUUUCUAUCUCCCCUGUUUCCAAAGCAUUGAUGUGAUCUUCGAUUAUGGUAUGAUUUAAGGCUGUUGACUUGCAUACUUCUGUUGCGCUCAUUUCGAAGUUAAAAUCUUGAACUUUCACAAUCAUA